CGGUCCUCAUCAGACCGGAGAUCUGCUGCUGGACGCUGCUGCUGUUUGAGAGCUCCUCAGUCGGAACAAUAGGGAUUUUUGUAUCAACCCCUGGUAGUAAUAGUAGUCCUCAAAUCCGACAACAGGGAUCAGCCAUGCCUUUCGGUAACACGCACAACGAGACGAAGAUGAAGUACGCCUCGGAGCAGGAGUACCCGGACCUCAGCAAACACAACAAUCAUAUGGCCCGGAUCCUGACUGCUUCCAUGUACGAGCGGCUGAGGAGCAAACAGACACCCAGUGGAUUUACUCUGGAUGAUGUCAUUCAGACUGGGGUUGAUAACCCAGGCCACCCCUUCAUCAUGACUGUGGGCUGCGUCGCCGGAGACGAGGAGACAUACGAGGUCUUCAAAGAGCUGCUGGACCCCGUGAUCGAGGACCGUCACGGAGGAUACAAACCCUCAGACAAGCACAAGACUGACCUCACCGCCAGCAACCUGAAGGUACCGCAGCCCUCUGUUCAGGUAACAUGGCUGACUGUAACACUGAACAAACUAAACAUGUGUGUCCUCCUCCUCCUAAAGGGUGGCGACGACCUCGACCCCAACUACGUCCUGAGCUCCCGAGUCCGAACAGGUCGCAGCAUCCGCGGCUUCUGCCUGCCGCCUCACUGCAGCCGAGGAGAGAGGCGUGCUGUGGAGAAGCUCUCCAUCGAAUCUCUGGCCUCCCUGAGUGGAGACCUGAAGGGGAAAUACUACGCCCUGAAGAACAUGACGGAUGCCGAGCAGCAGCAGCUCAUCGAUGACCACUUCCUGUUUGACAAGCCAGUGUCUCCUCUGCUGCUGGCCUCAGGGAUGGGCCGCGACUGGCCCGACGCCAGGGGCAUCUGGCACAACGAUAACAAGACAUUCCUGGUGUGGGUGAAUGAGGAGGACCACCUGCGUGUCAUCUCUAUGCAGAAAGGCGGCAACAUGAAGGAAGUGUUUAACCGCUUCUGCACCGGACUCACCAAGAUCGAGAACCUGUUCAAGGAGAGUAACCACCCAUUCAUGUGGAACGAGCACCUGGGCUACGUCCUCACCUGCCCAUCUAACCUGGGCACCGGCCUGCGCGCUGGUGUGCACGUGAAGCUGCCCAACAUGAGCAAAAAUGCCAAGUUUGAGGAUGUUCUCAAGAAGCUGAGGCUCCAGAAACGUGGAACUGGUGGCGUGGACACGGCCGCUGUGGGCGGAGUGUUUGACAUCUCCAACGCCGACCGACUGGGCUUCUCUGAGGUGGCGCUGGUGCAGAUGGUGGUUGAUGGCGUCAAGCUGCUGGUGGAGAUGGAGAAGAAGCUGGAGAAGGGCCAGUCCAUCGACGACCUCAUGCCCGCCCAGAAGUAAAACCGUCCCGACACCCAAACCCCCCCACCCCCGGUCCCCUCUCAUCCCUCCCCUCUGUUUGAAUGACUGUUUGACUCUCUGUCCCUGAAACACACUCUGUAUCACACAGCUUGGUUUGUUUGUGUAUUUAAGACGAAACGGUUCCUGUGAGGAUGGUAAUAAAAUAAAAAAAUGUUCUGGUUCAACUUUGA